AUGGCCACCGACGGCGGCGGCAGAUGUGCCGACAACGACCUUAGUUUUGUUGAAUCCGGUGCCCGCUCUGCCCUUCGUCACUCUCCCACUGCCCUUCCUCGCUCUCCCACCGCCCCCAUGCUAGCGUUCCUGGCAGUGGUGGAUAUUUCACCGGCAGCGGAGAGGAGCUCGACAAGCAAGGUGGCAGCAAGUUCAAGCCCACCUCCGACGACAUUUUUUCACGGGCGGCAACAUCAUUGGCCCAGUUUGGAUGAUGAUGAACCAUGGGAAGUGAGAUUCCAUUUCCAAGGAUGUGAUAAUCUGGAAAGGAGACUGUAUCAGUCAGAUAUAACAUGCCUGAAUAUGUUAGCAAUCAUUGGGAUGCAGGGCUAUGAUCAGAGUGAUUCCAUGUAUUAUGUGAAGGAAGAUGGUGUAGGAAUGUCAGGGAUGCAACUAAUCAGGAGUGAUGAAGAUGUUGAAGAGAUGUUGGAGUUAUAUGAGGACAAGAUGUGUGUUACUAUCACUGUUAUGAAAGGUAGAGAGAUUGAGAGGGCAGAACUGCAGAUUAACAUUGGAGAUGAGCAGCAAAUUCCUAUUUCACAGAUAGGUUCACCUAAAAUAUACAAUGUAGAUGAAGAAGGUGUGUUGUAUGCAAGUCAGGCAAAUAAAAAGGCAGAACAAGCAGCAUGUUUUGCUCCAAUUGUCAGUGUACACACAGAGGACUCAUGUGGAGAAUAUCUUAUCACUCAGGAGAGUUGCAAUGUGAGGAAGGGGGCAACUAUUGCAGAUCUAGAUGAUUUCCUUAAUGAGUUUGCUGACAUUCUAGAAGUGCAAGAACAUAACAUGGAAGAAGAUAACAUGGAGGAUGAAGAAAACAUGGAGGAGGAAGAUCUGAUGGAUUCUGAUAGCUGUGAAGAUGAGCAAGAGGAUGAGGAUGCAGACAUACAUGUGAAAAUAAAAGACCUGAAGAGGAAGAGGGUUUUUGAAGGUGAUUCUGAGCCAGAAGAUUUAUUUUGUGAGGCUGAUGAGGAAGAAGAGGGCUUUGAAGUCAAGGGCAAAGAAGAGGAAGGCCAGGAAAUGGUAUGA